CCCCAUUCCCCUCCGCCCCCUCCCCCUCCCCCGUGCUCUCCCCCCAAAUCGCCUCCCCGCACGCCACCGCCCCACGCCACCGCCGGCGAGGAGGGAGGCGCCGUCGGAGGCCGGAGGGGCCGGCCGGGCGGUCAAGAUGGGCGACUCGUACUGCCAGGACUGCAAGAAGCACACGGAGGUGGCCUUCGACCACUCGGCGGGGGACACGGUGUGCACCGAGUGCGGCCUCGUCCUCGAGGCGCACUCCGUCGACGAGACCUCCGAGUGGCGCACCUUCGCCAACGAGUCCAACGACAACGACCCCGUCCGCGUCGGCGGGCCCUCCAACCCGCUCCUCACCGACGGCGGCCUCUCCACCGUCAUCGCCAAGCCCAACGGCGCCCACGGCGACUUCCUCUCCUCCUCCCUCGGCCGCUGGCAGAACCGCGGCUCCAACCCCGACCGCUCCCUCAUCCUCGCCUUCCGCACCAUCGCAAACAUGGCUGACAGGUUGGGUCUUGUGGCUACUAUUAAGGACCGAGCCAAUGAAAUCUAUAAGAAGGUGGAAGAUCUCAAGUCUAUCAGGGGAAGAAAUCAAGAUGCUAUAUUAGCUGCUUGUCUGUAUAUUGCUUGUAGACAAGAAGAUCGUCCUAGGACUGUAAAAGAAAUUUGCUCAGUUGCCAAUGGAGCAACAAAGAAAGAGAUUGGUCGAGCAAAAGAGUUCAUAGUGAAACAGCUGGAAGUUGAGAUGGGCCAAUCUAUGGAGAUGGGAACCAUCCAUGCUGGAGAUUUCCUGAGGCGUUUCUGUUCAACUCUUGGGAUGAACAAUACUGCUGUUAAAGCAGCUCAGGAGGCAGUUCAGCGCUCAGAGGAGCUUGAUAUAAGGAGGAGUCCUAUUUCAAUUGCGGCUGCUGUCAUUUAUAUGAUAACCCAGCUUUCAGAGGACAAAAAGCCACUUAAAGAUAUCUCCUUGGCCACCGGAGUGGCAGAAGGCACCAUCAGGAAUUCAUACAAGGACCUGUACCCCUACGCCGCGAGGCUCAUCCCGAACUCGUACGCCAAGGAGGAAGACCUGAAGAACCUGUGCACACCAUAGGAGCCGAGUCGCAGCCAUUUCUUCCUUUCUCUCGCUCUUUUUCUUGUUACAUAACUUUUGAAAAUUAGAUUUGUCGGAGGGGAGUUUCGUUGUUGUGAGUGCUUCACCAGGCCCAUGUAUAUCCCCCGCCUAAUUUUAUGUGCAUGGACCUGUCGGAUUCGGGACGAAGCUAAGUUAUAAGAUCUGGCUUUCCUUUCUGGUAAGCUGAUGCAGAGGUUGGUUUCAA